AUGCAAGAAAGCUUGGAAGGUAACCCUGCUGCUGCCACAUUGAAAAAUGUUUCAAGGGGUUUUGGUGCUCUUACAGUACCCCUCACUGCCCUCUUCUGUUAUUGGAUCACCUCCAACUUGUUCUCCAUACUAUAUGGAUUAAAGUAUAAUUCAUGCUCGCCAUCAGCCCUAUCUCCUAUGGUAGCAUCAGUCCAGGCUACUACUUCCAUUCUUGCACUAGUUUCGACGACAAUUGUUGUUCUGCACAAGACAAUAAUUUUUGUUCCUGCUCUGGUUGCUGUAGAAAUUCCUCAUGUUGCUUCAGACACAAAUGGAAGUUUGGUUAACAAUCGAGGAGUUAGUGCCCAGUUAGUUUCUCGGGAGCUUAUGGUCGUAUGUCGAGGGUUGACCUCCCUGAGGAUUCUUUGUCUCAUCCUUUGUGUUUUUCAAAUUUGA